GACAGUAGAUGGCAGACUACAUUUCUCCCUUUCAGGGAUACACUGUUUCGCUCUCGGAAUGCCAGUGUUAGUCUGGAUUACCUAAACAGCUAGAGUUAAUAUGGAUAAAAAGAAGAAACCAUACAAUGUUACAGCGUCAUCGCUGGUUGAUUUGAAAGCGGAAUUAUAUAGGAAACAGGAACAAUUUAACCACGACCGACUUGGCCAAGAUGCAGGAGCCGCACAGAAGCCUAAGAUAAAAAUAAAAAAGCCCAAUAUCUGGAGCAAACAGAAUGAAGGAGUCAAUGUACGAGCACAGAGGGACGUUCAGCAAACUGCAGAGGAAGAAAACACACUAGAUAAAUCCAGGCAAAAACUGGAGGAAAAGGCACGUCUUUAUGAACAGAUGACAAAAGGAGAUUUCCCAGAUGAAGAGACUGAAAGUCUUUUUCUGGUGGACUUCACUCAGAAGAUCAUCAACCAGAGAAAUGAACCACAGACACGCACUGCAAAUGUAGCAGGGGACCGAGAUGGAGAGGACUCUGAUGUGAACAUCCCUGUUCCACCCCCACAGAAUGCAAAUGAAGAAUGGGUGGACUAUGUUGAUGCAUUAGGACGCUCUCGAAGAUGUCUGAGGAAAGACCUACCAGAUUUUCAGAAAAUGGACCAAGAACUCCACAACAAUAGGGUGACUGGUGUUGACAGGACACUGUUAUCUGAGGACAUGAGGAGAGAAAUGCAGAGAGAGCAGUGGGAGAGAGAGGAAGAGGAGCAGAUGAAGAAACCUGUUGGACCCAUUCACUAUGAAAAUAUCAGAGAGCAAGAGGCCAGAGAGCUGGGUGUUGGGUAUUUUACUUUUGCCCAGGAUGAGGACCAACGAAGAAAACAGAGAGAAACUCUAGACAUGCUGAGAGACCAGACCACAGAGCAGCGCCACAAACGUGAGCAACUGAAGGAGAAGCGGAAAGCUCUGCUUGAAGCUCGACUUGCUAAAGUGAGGAUGAGGAGGAUGAAGAAAAGCAAGCUGGAGCCAGGGGAUGAAGAAGAGGCUGCUGCUGAUGAUGCUGAGAACGAUGAAGAUGAUGAUGAAGGUUUGGUUGGACCUGUAGCCCCUGCUACAGUGCGGAAAGUGGAAGUGGAGAUUCAAGAGAGAAAAGACACCAAACCUGGCGUUCCCCACGUAAGAGAGUGGGACAGAGGCAAAGGUACAUGA